ACAUUAAACUCGCAAGAUCCACCGAACCAGAUCGAUAGCAAUAUCCAAGUUACUGAGGUUGAAACUUGAAAGCCAUAGAAUCCAACAAUCAAAAGAGAAAGUGAAAGAACACUCGGCCUAAAUUACUAAUGUUGCCGUUUAUGUUGGAAGUUGUUGGUUAUAUGACUCGGGAAUUUUUUUAGGUAAGGAAGAACCCUAGAAAGAGAAAAUGCUUGGCGAGGAAGCCAGGGUGUUGCUAGGCUUUCUACCCAAUUCCACACCUUCAUCGUCACAGGUCAAAGCAGCUUACAAGAAAAAGGCAUGGGAAACUCAUCCAGAUCGUUUCCCCGUUUCCCAAAGAUCUCUCGCUGAAUCCAAUUUCAAACAGAUUUCCGAAGCUUACACAUGCUUACAGUCUGGCAUGAGAAGAGAAGUUUCAGCUGCAGGCACAUAUUCAUGGGUGGUGAGAACCGGAGUCCCAAGGGCACAUGGAGGAAGUAGAAACCAUGCAUUGAUUGGAAUCCCUUUCCUAUUAAUUGUUUUAGGAACAGUUACUCUUGGUGGAUCCAGUGGCGCUAGGGCUUACCGAAGGCAGAAAGAGGCAUACCCCUCACAUAACCCUUUUCUUCCUUGACAGGCGUCGGAAUCGAGAUGACUUUGUCACCCCGGUGACUGUAGCUAAGAGUCAGGGUGCGGGAUUGUUGGUCCCGUAUAGAUCUAUACACAAACUCACGUUUUCCCUCCAGGAGACUCUGGUUAUAAUCUCAGGACUUUUGUUAGUACUUAGAUAAGUACGCGAAGAAUGCUCACUCAUAAAAUGUUAUACCGACG